ACCGGCGGGAGGGGCGGGGCGAGAGGGAGCUUCCGGCGGGGCCCGGCAGGCGCUGAGGAGGAAGAGCGAACUCGGACGGCGACUCUCGGCCGAGUGUCGGCGCGGGCCAGGGAGCCGACCUGCCGUGCUGCCGUUUACCGGGCCGCGUCCGACGGAAAGCAGGAUGACGACUUCCGGCGCUCUGUUCCCCAGCCUGGUGCCAGGCUCCCGUGGGUCCUCCAACAAGUAUUUGGUGGAGUUUCGGGCAGGAAAAAUGUCGUUAAAAGGAACCACCGUCACCCCAGAUAAACGGAAAGGGCUUGUGUACAUUCAGCAGACGGAUGACUCCCUCAUUCACUUUUGCUGGAAGGACAGGACAUCUGGGAACGUGGAGGACGAUCUGAUUAUCUUCCCCGAUGACUGUGAGUUCAAGCGUGUGCCGCAAUGCCCCAGCGGGAGGGUCUACGUGCUCAAGUUUAAGGCAGGGUCCAAACGGCUCUUCUUUUGGAUGCAGGAACCCAAGACAGACCAGGACGAGGAGCACUGCCGGAAGGUCAACGAGUACCUGAACAACCCCCCAAUGCCCGGAGCACUGGGGACAAGUGGGAGCGGAGGCCAUGAGCUGUCUGCGCUGGGCGGUGAGGGCGGCCUGCAGAGCCUGCUGGGGAACAUGAGCCACAGCCAGUUGAUGCAGCUCAUUGGACCUGCCGGCCUCGGGGGGCUGGGUGGACUGGGGGCCCUGACCGGGCCAGGCCUGGCCAGCUUACUGGGGAGUGGAGGGCCUCCGGCAAGCAGCUCCUCCUCCAGCGCUGCCCCCGCUCUCCCCAGCUCCCGGAGCCAGUCCGCCGCAGUCACCCCGUCCUCCACCACCUCUUCUGCCCGCACCACCCCAGCCCCUUCUGCUCCAGCAGCUGCCUCGGCCACCAGCCCUAGCCCCGCGCCCAGUUCAGGUAAUGGAACCGGCACAGCAGCCAGUCCAGCCCAGCCCAUCCAGCUGAGCGACCUCCAGAGCAUUCUAGCCACGAUGAGCGUGCCGGCCGGGCCCGGAGGCGGCCAACAAGUUGACCUGGCCAGUGUGCUGACGCCCGAGAUCAUGGCGCCUAUCCUUGCCAACGCAGACGUCCAGGAGCGUCUGCUGCCCUACCUGCCCUCCGGGGAGUCACUGCCGCAGACCGCAGAGGAGAUCCAGAACACGCUGACCUCACCCCAGUUCCAGCAGGCCCUGGGCAUGUUCAGCGCCGCCUUGGCCUCGGGGCAGCUGGGCCCCCUCAUGUGCCAGUUUGGCCUUCCUGCUGAGGCCGUGGAGGCUGCCAACAAGGGCGAUGUGGAAGCAUUUGCCAAAGCAAUGCAGAACAGUGCCAGCCCUGAGCAGGAGGGCGACGGGAAGGACAAGAAGGAUGAAGAGGAGGACAUGAGCUUAGACUGAGCGACUGCUCCUUUCCGGGGCAAGGGGCUCGGCUGUGUGAUUUUAGUAGUGACAUUCGUGAUCCGUUGCGUACUCUCACACCUCUCUUCCAAGUUUCGAAGAAAUAAAAGUCUUUUCCUGUA